AUGGGAUUUUUUCUUACGAUUAUAUUUGGACAAAUACUUCAAACAAUAUUUUUUGGGCGAUUACGCGCUGUAGAAAUUGAGAUGGAACAAUCACCGGCGGUGCCGAUAUCUUUUCAUGUUCGAAUUGUCUCUUUAAUGGAAAUUUUAUGUGCUAUCGACAUAUAUCUAGUUUACCACGCUGUUGACGUCACACUUAAGAAUGGCCCAAACAUGAUGAUUAUGUUUGCAUUUGAAUACUCUAUUCUUGGCGCUACAAUUAUAUCCACAAUAUUUAAAUAUAUCUUGAAUGUUAUUGAUAUGAGACGUGAAGAUCCAUGGGAGAAUAAAUCAAUAUAUGUUUUCUAUCUGGAACUUGUGACUGAUUUCUUUAAAUUGAUCACCUAUCUUAUCUUUUUUGCAAUCAUUCUCGUGUCCUAUGGCAUACCUCUACAUAUUAUUCGUGAUGUAUACGUUACGCUUCGCUCUUUUCUCCAAAAAUGUGGCGAUCUUGUUCGAUAUCGUCGUGCUACUAGGAAUAUGAAUGAACGUUAUCCUAAUGCAACCAAUGAUGAACUUGAGCGAUUAAGCGAUCGAACUUGCAUAAUAUGUAGGGAGGAAAUGGUUGCUGCUGCUAUAAUUAAUAAUAAUAACGCAGUACAGGAAGAUAUCGAUGGGAGACCUCAAGCUAGGCAAGGAAAUAAUGGACUAGCGGACGUUCCUAAAAAAUUACCUUGUGGCCAUAUAUUCCAUUUUCAUUGCUUGCGUAGUUGGCUAGAAAGACAACAGAGUUGUCCCACUUGUCGUAGACCCGUUUUAUCUGAACAACAACCUACUCCCACUCAGCCACAACCACGUCCUAUUCCAGCUCGACACAAUAAUGGUCCACAACCUCCUCAGCCUCAACCACAAUUACCUGGAAUUCCUUUCGCGAAUCCUCCUGGAUUCCUUGCAAAUCCCAUUCCAGGAUUCCCUCCAGUGACAUUGUUUCCACCUCCGGGAAUGCACGGACAAUGGCAUGGCCCGCCUAAUCCCCUUGCUAACGUGAAUGAACGUAAUGUUGACGGACAGGCAAAUACUGCGUCAGGUCAAAAUACACAACAAUCUGCGCACCAAAGUACAACUCAAAAUUUACAAAACAAUACACAACUUAACACGCCUAAUGUCAUAAACCCAGGAGAUCGACCGUUAAAUGAGGAAGAUUCUGCUCCAACGUCUGGUGCACAAACAACAACUAAUCCCGAGAGAAGGCAACCCCCAUCUAUGAUGCCUAGAUGGCCAUGGGACCCAAAUGUUUCAACAUCAUUUAGGCAAUUAAAUUCUUCUCAACCAUCAUCGAUAGGCUAUCAACCUUAUGUCUCACAAUUCCCUCUGCACGUUCCACCUGGUUUAAUACCUCUUUUCCCUGUUUUACCUUUGAGAGAUAAUGGUACCACCAAUGUGGAAACUAAUACACUUAAUAAUUUAUCAGAAGAUCAAAUCCGUCUCCUAGAAACGACAUCACGUGAGGCACUUGUUGAAAGGCUACGAAUAUUACAGGAUACUCAAGUGCAUAUAUAUAAUGCUAUCAGUAUGCUAACGCAAGUUGUAAGCGUACUACCUGAAGUUCCAGUGUCCGAAAUACGUACGACAGAUGGAAACCUAUCUUCUGAGACGAACACAAAUACACAAUUUUCAGAGAAUACGAAUUCAGCCAAUUCUACCGUAGAUUCAUUAAGUAAUACAAAUGCAAAUGAUGUUAAAAAUAAAAAGGGCAAAGGAAAGA